AUGGCGGGGACUUAUUUCUGCCGUGGGGAGCAAGUUGUGAAUCUCGCCGUGCUGAACCAGGACGACAAGUUCAAGGCGCUCGUGGAUUCAGGGCUGUUCGCCAAUCCCAAGGGGUUUUAUGCAGCUGUCAAAGUGAAUGGCGCAGAAUUGCGUGGGCCAAUCAUCGCCACUGUUGAUAGCCUCACCACCAAGAGCACCACUGUGAGCAACAGCACCACGUACGGCCCUGAUGGCUCCGUUAUAAGCACUGGCGGCGCCGUCACCACCACCGGCGCUGGUGGGACAAGCACCCCCAGCGGGGGGAGCGUGAGUGGCGGCAGCACUGGGAACAGCGGAGGAACGAGCAGCGGAGGGAGCGCGACAGGAAACAGCACCGGUAGCAGCGGCGGGACGAGCAGCGGGGGAAGCGCGAGCGGAGGCAGCACUGGGAGCAGCGGAGGGACGAGCAGCACCACUGUCAUCAAGGGGCUCACGAGAUACCAAGCUUCCUCCGACCUCAAUACGCAUGGCGACACGAGCGCCAAGUGCAUCUUCGAUACCAACAUGUACGUGCAGUGCACAGUACCACCUUGCGUGGAUGCUGGUGGCCCCUGCACCUCACCCCUGCAUCUCACCCCUGCAUCUCACCCCUGCAUCUCACCCCUGCAUCUCACCCCUGCAUCUCACCCCUGCAUCUCACCCCUGUGCUUCAACCCUCCCAUGCUUCUGCACUUUAACCCAUCCAUGCGCAGCACGUUGUCGACGCAAAGGUCGCUCUUCACCUUGUCCAUCACGGGCGUGCCAGACGACCCAGCGCCAGUCUUCUCUAAUGUCAGCUACUACACCAGCGCAGGCCAGCUCGUGGUGGAAUUCGCAUGCGCGCCCACGGCCACCAGCACGCCGGGUGCUUAUUUCUGCAGUGCGAAGCAAGUCGUGAAUCUCUCCGACAUGAACACGCCAGGCAACAGGUUCAAGGUGCUUGUGGAUGCGGGACUCUUCUCCAAUCCCAAGGGCUUCUAUGCGGCAAUCAAUGUGAACGGCACAGAACUGCGUGGGGAAAUAAUAACCACAAUUAGUAGCCUUUUGUAA